AAGGCUGGCACCGCGCCCGGCGGGAGGGGGGCGCCCACCUCCCCUCCCCCCCGCGCCGGGCAUGCGGGGCCCGCUGGGCACCGAGGAGGAGCUGCCGCGGCUGUUCGCAGAGGAGAUGGAGAACGAGGAGGAGAUGUCAGAAGAAGAAGAUGGUGGCCUUGAAGGCUUUGAGGACUUCUUCCCUGCAGAGCCCGUGAGCCUUCCCAAGAAGAAGCCGAAGAAGCUGAAAGAGAGCAAGUCCAAAGGGAAGAGGAAGAAGAAAGAGGGGAGCAAUGACGAGCUGUCAGAGAAUGAGGAGGAUCUGGAAGAGAAGUCAGAGAGCGAAGGUAGCGACUACUCCCCCACCAAGAAGAAGAAGAAGAAACUGAAGGAGAAGAAGGAGAAGAAGGCCAAGCGGAAAAAGAGAGAUGAGGAUGAGGAUGAUAAUGAUGAGGGAGGCUUGAAGGAGCCUAAGUCUUCAGGACAGCUCAUGGCUGAGUGGGGGCUUGACGAUGUGGACUACCUGUUUUCUGAGGAUGACUACCACACACUGACCAACUACAAAGCCUUCAGCCAGUUCCUCCGGCCGCUUAUUGCCAAGAAAAACCCGAAGAUCCCCAUGUCCAAAAUGAUGACUGUCCUGGGUGCCAAGUGGCGAGAAUUCAGCGCCAACAACCCAUUUAAGGGUAGCUCAGCAGCGGCAGCUGCGGCGGCUGUGGCUGCGGCCGUGGAGACGGUGACCAUUGCUCCUCCGUUGGCCAUCAGUCCCCAGCAAGUGCCCCAGCCUCUGCCUGUACGCAAGGCCAAGACCAAAGAGGGCAAGGGGCCCGGAGUGAGGAAGAAGAAUAAAGGCGCCAAAGACUCCAAGAAAAAGGGCAGGGGCAAGAGAGUGGCGGGGCUCAAGUUCCGCUUCGGAGGGAUCAGCAAGAGGAAGAAGGGUUCCUCGAGCGAGGAGGAUGAACGGGAGGACUCAGAUUUGGACAAUGCCAGCAUCCACAGCUCUUCUGUGCGUUCUGAGUGCUCUGCAGCUCUGGGCAAGAAGAACAAGAGGAGGCGCAAGAAGAAGAGGAUUGACGAUGGUGAUGGCUAUGAGACAGACCACCAGGACUACUGUGAGGUGUGCCAGCAGGGAGGGGAGAUCAUUCUGUGUGACACCUGCCCGAGGGCGUACCACCUUGUCUGCCUGGACCCGGAGCUGGAGAAGGCUCCUGAGGGCAAGUGGAGCUGCCCACACUGUGAGAAGGAGGGGAUCCAGUGGGAGCCGAAGGAUGAUGAUGAGGAAGAGGAGGAGGGUGGUUGCGAGGAGGAGGAGGAUGACCACAUGGAGUUUUGCCGCGUGUGCAAGGACGGUGGCGAGCUCCUGUGCUGUGAUGCCUGUCCCUCCUCCUACCACUUGCACUGCCUCAACCCGCCGCUGCCGGAGAUCCCGAACGGUGAAUGGCUCUGCCCGCGUUGUACAUGUCCCCCGCUGAAGGGCAAAGUCCAGAGGAUCCUACACUGGAGGUGGACGGAACCCCCGGCUCCCUUUAUGGUGGGGCUGCCAGGACCAGAGGUGGAGCCAGGCAUGCCCCCGCCCAGGCCUCUGGAGGGCAUACCUGAGAGAGAGUUCUUUGUCAAGUGGGCUGGUCUCUCCUACUGGCACUGCUCCUGGGUGAAGGAGCUACAGUUGGAGCUGUACCACACCGUGAUGUAUCGAAACUACCAAAGAAAGAAUGACAUGGACGAACCACCGCCCUUUGAUUACGGCUCUGGCGAUGAGGAUGGCAAGAGCGAGAAACGGAAGAACAAGGACCCCCUCUACGCCAAGAUGGAGGAACGCUUCUACCGUUACGGCAUCAAGCCCGAGUGGAUGAUGGUCCACCGCAUCCUGAACCACAGCUUUGACAAGAAGGGGGACGUACAUUACCUGAUCAAGUGGAAGGACCUGCCCUACGACCAGUGCACCUGGGAAAUCGAUGAGAUCGACAUCCCCUACUACGACAACCUGAAGCAGGCCUACUGGGGCCACAGGGAACUGAUGCUGGGAGAAGAUGCCAGGCUGCCCAAGAGGCUGGUGAAGAAGGCCAAGAAACUGAAGGACGAUAAACAAGAGAAGCCACCCGAUACGCCCGUUGUGGACCCCACAGUCAAGUUCGACAAGCAGCCCUGGUACAUCGACUCCACAGGAGGCACGCUGCACCCUUACCAGCUGGAGGGCCUCAACUGGCUACGUUUCUCCUGGGCCCAGGGCACUGACACUAUCCUGGCUGAUGAGAUGGGUUUGGGGAAGACAGUACAAACCAUUGUGUUUCUCUACUCUCUGUACAAGGAGGGCCAUUCCAAGGGGCCUUACCUGGUCAGCGCACCCCUGUCCACCAUCAUUAACUGGGAACGGGAGUUUGAGAUGUGGGCGCCUGACUUUUACGUGGUCACCUACACGGGGGACAAGGAGAGCCGCUCUGUGAUCCGUGAGAACGAGUUUUCCUUUGAGGACAACGCCAUUCGCGGUGGGAAGAAAGUAUUCCGCAUGAAGAAGGAAGUGCAGAUCAAAUUCCACGUGCUGCUCACCUCUUAUGAGCUCAUCACCAUCGAUCAGGCCAUCCUGGGCUCCAUUGAGUGGGCCUGCCUCGUAGUGGACGAGGCUCACCGGCUCAAAAACAACCAGUCCAAGUUCUUUAGGGUCUUGAAUAGCUACAAGAUCGACUACAAGCUGCUGCUGACAGGGACCCCCCUCCAGAACAACCUGGAGGAGCUGUUCCAUCUCCUCAACUUCCUGACCCCGGAGAGGUUCAACAAUCUGGAAGGCUUCCUGGAGGAGUUUGCUGACAUCUCCAAGGAAGAUCAGAUCAAGAAGCUGCAUGACCUGCUGGGGCCGCACAUGCUUCGGCGGCUCAAGGCCGACGUGUUCAAGAACAUGCCGGCUAAGACGGAGCUGAUUGUCCGCGUGGAGCUGAGCCAGAUGCAGAAGAAGUACUACAAGUUCAUCCUGACGCGGAACUUUGAGGCGCUCAACUCCAAGGGGGGCGGCAACCAGGUGUCUCUGCUCAACAUCAUGAUGGAUCUGAAGAAGUGCUGCAACCAUCCGUACCUCUUCCCCGUGGCUGCUGUGGAGGCCCCUGUGUUGCCCAAUGGCUCCUACGAUGGCAGCUCCCUGGUCAAGUCUUCAGGGAAACUGAUGCUGCUGCAGAAGAUGCUCAAGAAGCUGCGGGAUGAAGGGCACCGAGUGCUCAUCUUCUCCCAGAUGACCAAGAUGUUGGACCUCUUGGAGGACUUCCUGGAGUAUGAGGGCUACAAGUAUGAGCGGAUUGACGGGGGCAUCACCGGGGGCCUCCGGCAAGAGGCCAUCGACAGAUUCAAUGCUCCGGGGGCCCAACAGUUCUGCUUCCUGCUGUCAACGCGCGCCGGUGGCCUGGGCAUCAACCUGGCCACAGCAGACACGGUCAUCAUUUAUGACUCAGACUGGAACCCCCACAAUGACAUCCAGGCCUUCAGCCGUGCUCACCGCAUCGGGCAGAACAAGAAGGUCAUGAUAUACCGGUUCGUGACGCGGGCCUCCGUGGAGGAACGCAUCACUCAGGUGGCCAAGCGCAAGAUGAUGCUCACGCACCUCGUGGUGCGGCCCGGCCUGGGUUCCAAGUCGGGCUCCAUGACCAAGCAGGAGCUCGACGACAUUCUUAAGUUUGGGACAGAGGAGCUUUUCAAGGACGACGUGGAAGGCAUGAUGUCCCAGGGCCAGAGGCCUACCACACCCAUCCCUGAUGUACAAUCCACCAAGGGCGGAUCUCUGGCUGCCGGCGCAAAGAAAAAGCACGGCAGCACCCCGCCAGGUGAUAACAAAGAUGUAGAAGACAGCAGUGUGAUCCACUAUGACGACGCAGCCAUAUCCAAGCUGCUGGAUCGAAACCAGGACGCCACGGAUGACACCGAGCUGCAGAACAUGAACGAGUACCUGAGCUCCUUCAAGGUGGCACAGUACGUGGUCCGCGAGGAGGACGGCGUGGAGGAGGUAGAGAGGGAGGUGAUCAAGCAGGAGGAGAACGUGGACCCCGACUACUGGGAGAAGCUGUUACGUCAUCACUACGAACAGCAGCAGGAGGACUUGGCCCGCAACCUGGGCAAGGGCAAGCGUAUCCGCAAGCAGGUCAACUACAAUGACGCCUCCCAGGAGGACCAGGAGUGGCAGGAUGAGCUCUCGGACAACCAGUCAGAGUAUUCCAUCGGCUCCGAGGACGAGGACGAAGACUUUGAGGAGAGGCCAGAAGGGCAGAGUGGACGGCGACAAUCCAGGAGGCAGCUGAAGAGUGACAGGGACAAGCCCCUGCCGCCUCUUCUGGCUCGGGUUGGGGGCAACAUUGAGGUUCUGGGCUUCAAUGCCAGACAGAGGAAGGCUUUUUUGAAUGCUAUCAUGCGCUGGGGCAUGCCUCCUCAGGAUGCCUUCAACUCCCACUGGCUGGUGCGGGACCUUCGUGGGAAGAGUGAGAAGGAAUUCAGGGCCUAUGUAUCGCUCUUCAUGCGCCAUCUGUGUGAGCCGGGCGCAGACGGUGCGGAGACCUUCGCAGACGGCGUGCCCCGGGAGGGCCUGUCCAGGCAGCAUGUGCUCACGCGUAUUGGGGUCAUGUCGCUGGUUAGGAAGAAGGUGCAGGAAUUUGAGCAUGUCAACGGGAAACACAGCACCCCAGACCUGGUCCCCGAGGGGCCCGAGGGCAAGAAGCCGGUCGAGGUCAUCUCCUCGGACCCCAACACUCCCGUGCCUGCCAGCCCUGCACAGCCCCCAUCGGCUCCGCUGGGCCUGCCAGACAAAAUGGAAGCCCAGCUGGGCUACACGGACGAGAAGGAGUCAGGCAUGCAGAAGCCAAAGAAGUCCCUGGAAAUCCAGGCCCUGCCAACUUCCCUGGACAGAGCAGAGGGUGAAGACAAGCAUCAGAACUCAGACAGCAAGGACAGAGCUCGGGAGGAGAGGAUGGAAGAGGUGGAGAAGGUCCAGGGCUCUCCGCAGCAGCCUCUGAAAGAGGAAGUGCUGCCGGACAAGGAACCGAUCCCAGACAAACUGGAGCUGAGCCUGAGUCACAGCAGAGAUUUGAGGCCAGAUGACCCCAAGACUGAGGAGAAGGAGCCCGUGGAGACUCAACAAAACGGCGACAGAGAGGAAGACGAGGAGGGCAAGAAAGAAGACAAGAACGGGAAAUUCAAAUUCAUGUUCAACAUUGCGGAUGGCGGUUUCACAGAGCUGCACACGCUGUGGCAGAAUGAGGAACGGGCGGCUGUGUCCUCGGGGAAAAUCUACGAAAUCUGGCACCGCCGUCAUGAUUACUGGCUGCUGGCAGGCAUCGUGACGCAUGGCUAUGCUCGCUGGCAGGACAUUCAGAAUGACCCGAGGUACACGAUCCUCAAUGAACCUUUCAAGUCUGAGAUUCACAAGGGCAACUACUUGGAGAUGAAGAACAAGUUUUUGGCCCGUAGGUUCAAGCUGCUGGAGCAGGCGCUGGUGAUCGAGGAGCAGCUUCGGAGGGCAGCGUACCUCAACAUGACCCAGGAUCCCAACCACCCAGCCAUGGCGCUCAAUGCUCGCCUGGCAGAGGUGGAGUGCCUUGCUGAGAGCCACCAGCACCUAUCCAAGGAGUCCCUCGCUGGGAACAAGCCUGCCAACGCUGUCCUGCACAAGGUCCUGAAUCAGCUGGAGGAGCUGCUGAGUGACAUGAAAGCCGACGUGACACGCUUGCCCUCCAUGCUGUCACGCAUCCCCCCGGUGGCUGCCCGUCUGCAGAUGUCCGAACGCAGCAUCCUGAGUCGCCUGACCAACCGUGCUGGUGACCCCACCAUCCAGCAGGGCGCUUUCGGCUCCUCACAGAUGUACAACAACAGCUUUGGGCCCAACUUCCGGGGCCCUGGACCGGGAGGGAUUAUCAACUACAACCAGAUGCCCCUGGGGCCCUAUGUGACCGACAUCUAGCGGUCCUCGUGACUUCCCCCUGUUUCAGCGCUCCUUUCCAGCUGAGCCAAGCCACCUGCCCAACCCCCACGGGAGAGAAAAGCUACAGUCCUUUUAGGAGUUGGUGGCGUGUCGGGGUACAGAAGGGAAACCAAGCAGUUCUAUUACGCAGAGGACAGACCCAGGCUGGCUGCACCGGAGUCGAGAAGUGCCACCUCAUUGUAGUUGAAGCCUUCUUCCGCACAGCAUCCCAUCGAUGGCCACGCCCGGCAAGGUCCCGGCGCCUUUUCCAGAGUGACUUACUUAGAGGAAAUUCCAUUUACCUGUACUUUUAUUUUGCACUUUCCUACUGAAGAUGAGAACAUGUUUGUCUUGAUAAAAAGUUGGAUGACAUGUGGAAGAUUGAGAUUCACGACACUCCUGUCUGUCACCGGCUCCAGACCUUAAGGGGAAGCUCUUUGGAGGCCUUUGGUGCUGCUGUUCUAUGGACUCACUGCGGCCCCGGGAGAAUGCAGCAGCCAGUGUUCUGGGAAACCCUUAGUGUGUCCCCCGCUUCCUGUCUGCGCCUGUGUGACUGCCUUUCUGCUCCAGACCUCUGCCUGCUUGGGACCCUAGUGCUGGCGGGGAGGGGAUCAGGUCUGGAGAGUGGCUGGUAGCCUGCUGAUGCCCAGCUUGAGGGACCACCAGGUACAUUCCACUUCCUGGCGGGAGUGCAUAUCUCAAGGGCUCUGGAAUCUCUUGUUCCCAGUGGACAUGUGGUGGCAUCAGUGAUGUGUGGCAGACUGAAGCGAGGGUACUUCGGAGAGUGGAGCAACUUAGAUCUGGGCCAAAGCCCCUGCAGGGGUUUCUGGACAUUUGCUGUCUGCAGGUGUGUGGUGUAGACAGGUGCGAUCCAGUGUCUCAGAGAAGGGUCGUGUUUGUUGGGUGGCCCUGGGAGACUUGUACCACUCACCUUGGCACAGACUUUCCUAUGCAGAACAUCCUGGGCCACAGAUGCCAACCAGGGCUGAAUUUAUCUCUGUUGUCUUGGUCCUAGAGAGGCCUUGACUAGGGUGAUGUCUGCGUGAAGUAGUGGCCACAGGAGCCUUUGCUGGUUCUCAGAGGAGAUGGAGAGAGCUGAGCUUGGAGGGGGGGGUCUGGAGCCGAAGGCCUCUUUAAGUCCGUACUAGCUGGAGCCUUCAAGGCUUCUGGCCUUAUUUCCUGCAGGGAAGACUUAGAGUGCCAGGACCAUCUUCCCAUGUCACUGUUGGCACGACAGCUUGUCUUGCUCUGCCCCAGCCUGUGGCACCACGUAAUGCUCCGUGCUGGGGUAUGGGUGGAUGGAACCUGCCAGGCUCCACGCCUGUGUCUGACCUUCUCCCUGGCCCUGGCUCAACCUGGACAUAUCCUGGGGUUCAGUUUACUCUGAUGAUGAGGAAGAGGCUUGGAGAGAGAAGCCAGUUGGGUCCGGGAGAGCUUAGAAGGGGUCAGAUUCCCCCUGGAAAAGGAGUUGGGGGUAUACAGCAUCUCUGGGCCCACCAAGAAUGAGGGCAGGUCUCCAUGGCUUGUUUUGAGGACACUUGGGCAGGUGGCUGGCUUUUACUUAGCCCAGAUGUGCACCUCUGUAAUAUAGUUCCUCCUCUGCUCCUGGAGGGCUGGACCCCCAUGGCUUCUUCUAUUGUGGCACUUCUAAACUUGAGUGUCUAUCCAGAUCUUAAGGCCAGCAGCUGGCUGCACACUGUGGGUAGGCGAGGGCGGGGAAGGGGGGUCACAGACAGGACCUCUGCAGGCUUGACUGCAUUAUGGUGGCUGACACCCCCACCACCCCCGCUCUCUAAGAAGGGUUGUCUUCUGCACGGGAGUGUCUUCCCUAGCUCGCUCCCCAACCCGGGGCCUCUGUGCUGAUCCCAUUGGGCAAGAUGGUCAACCCUGUUGGCCUCAUUUGGAACUGUGUGGCCUUCUUUGCCAUAGUGACAUCCUGAGACUUGGGCCUGCAGGCUCACAUGGGGCAGAAUAGGGUCUGUGUCUCUGACUUCAGGGGUUCAUCCCUUCCCUGAGGACUUCCCCCAGGACCCAGGAGUCUUGUUGUGUUUGUCCAUCUCUGCUGCUUCCUAGGCCAUACCCACCCUCUGUGGCCUUCUCCUUUCCACAGUCACCUUGACCUGAGUGAGCCCCCUGCUGGCCUGGGAGGGUCUAUAUUCCCUGUGACCAGCUCUCUAGGGUAGACAGCCCAGACGGCUGGGGAGAGGACAGAGUCCUUCAGAGUGUUCCAUCUUGGCCCUUCAGCUGUCUCCUGCUAGAGAAUGAUGGGAUAGGGGUGGGGUCUUGGGGUGGCUCUAGUUUUGCUGCUGAUAACACUGGGUCCUCACACCUGAGCUGUCAGAGCCACAGUGACAUUUCCGGCUACUUUGGCUUACUUAAUUCUAUAGGAGUUUUGUGGAAGGUAUGGGGUGGCUCUCAGGUGACAUAGGGGGUUUAGGUCAGAGCUACAACAUCUGAGGGUAACCCCCCACGCACUCCUGCUGUGAACUGCUUCCUCUGCUCCCUAUCCACCAGGGCCACCUGUGAACUAGGGUUCCCUCCCCCACCCUCUGGGUGCUCCCCAACCAAUGUGGGCUGCUGGCUCAGUGACACCUGCAACCUGUCCAAGUCUUGAGUCCUGUGGGGGGCACACUGAGGGUGGUCUGGGGGCCAGGGAACUUUGUAGUCCCAUAGAGUGGGCAAGCAUUGAUGCUUGGAGCUUCUAGUGUGUACCAAGGAAGGUGGUUGGGGGCCUAGGCUGACCCUCCCUCCAACUUCGCUGUCUUGGGCUACCCACAAGGGUGGGCAGCCCCACCCCCACCCCAUGGAGCUCCUGCACAGAGCACAGCAAGGAGGAGGAAGCCAACCUGCCCGAUUUAUAUACCAGGAAGUUUACAGGUUGUGGCGCGUCAGCCCAAAGUCUUUGGUGUCCUUGUGUUUAUGGAUAUUUUCCCUCCUAAUUUUCAGAUUUUUUUUUAAAACAAAAGUAUUUUUUUAGGUAUGAUAACCCAGAAAGGGCCUGUUGGGUGUGUGUGUACAUGUCCUGAGCUCUCCACAUAGGCACCUAGGGACCAGAGCCCAGGUCAGAGGCAUCUCUUCCACCUGACCUGGAGAGGAGGGAGGGCCCCCUGCUGCCUGCCAGGGUCAAGCUAGACUGCAGGGAGUUCUCUUCUUGCCCAGGCCAGCCUGGCAUCUGUCCCAUCCUUGCCCAAUCCAGCACACCCUGAUGAAAUCAGAGUAGGUGCUCGGCACCAGCUGGGAGCAUCUCAGCAGGGGUCCCAAGGGCACAUUCGGGAGACCCUCUGAAGGCUGUCCUGGGGAAGGCUGGACGGGCUGUCCUGGGGAAGGCUGGACGGUCUAGCCAGUGUUAUCUUCACUCGUAUUCUCUGUGUGUAUGUUUUGGUUUCUGUGUUUUAAUAAACCCUUUGGGAAGGGA